UGGAGAGGUAGAAAAGCAGAACUAGACGUUAAGUAACCAACAGUAACCAAUGGCUGUAGCUCCUUUUUAGUGACCGCGCGCAGCGUCAGACCUCCACACGCUGCGUUCGAGGGGACUGAUAGCACAGCGCUUCAGGCAACGCCACAAACCUGAUCCACUGUACAGUAGCUACAGUACAUGUAAGACAGGGAUCAUUUUCACUAGAGAUGAUAUCAAAUUGACGCAAUCAUCAUCCCUGGAUUUCCCUGGCCUUAUGUUGAAAUGGCAACAGGAAGGAAAAGCUCCACUUCAAAAGGUGGAGUACAUUUCACCGAUGACAAUGAAGACAUUCCCAUUAACAAAAGCUGUGAUGAAAAGCUUCAGGAUAAAGUCAUUGCAGCGCUACUAGAACCUGAUGGUGCAUAUCUUGUUAAGGUGGGAUUUUUAAGGAUCCAUCACAAAUAUGAAAUCAUCUUUUCUUUGCCGCAAAUCCCAACACUAGGCAAAGAUGUCUGCCUUUCUCCCGCACUCCGCAGUACUGCAAAACCACGACUACGUGCAACACGCAUUACACCACGCCCUGAGGGGGGAGUGAGGGUGGUUUGUGAGUACAUCUCCCAGCAGGAGGGAGUGGUGCAAGAGGAACUCACCCUGCUCAACAGAAGCAGAAGGGACAGCAGUGUCCGAGUUCGAUUACAGGCCAGAGUCAUGGAUCGUCACCACGGAACACCAAUGUUGCUCGAAGGAGUGCAUUGUGUUGGUGAAGAAAAACACAGAAAAUAAUGACAGAGAAGAUGUGAUCAAAAAGUAAUUGGCGUGGAGAGAGUUUAAUGCCAGGGGAGACAGAAGCAGUCGAGAGAGAGACAGACUGCUUACCACCGGAAGGAGUCAACCAGAAGCGUUUCCCGAUAGAGUCGGCGAGUGUCAGAAUAAAAGUCACCAUUGGUGAUUGUAACGAUUACUUUGAUUUAUUAAAAAUAUUGUCAGCAGUACAUCCGACUCCUUGUCCUCUUCCUUUCCUCCUACGAACUCACUACACUGGUGCCAAAACCCGGGAAAGGAAGAAGGAGUGCCGCCGCCAUGCAGAGCCCAUGAUCCACGCCAUUGCGGAUGUCAUCGCAUCCCUCGCGGCCCUGCACCAAGAGGAAUGUCAGUUGGUGAAUGCUGUGUCGAAAUUCGACGCGUAUCCAAUGCCGCAGGUUGACGAGUUACUUGAUCAGCUAGGCUCGGCUCGCUUUUAUUCGACAUUGGACUUAACGAAGGGUUAUUGGCAGAUCCCCUUGUCUCCAUUAUCCAAAGAAAAGACAGCUUUAACGACGCCGUUUGGAUUACGCCAAUUUGUUACCCUUCCAUUUGGGUUGUUCGGAGCCCCGACCACCUUUCAGUGCCUCAUGGAUAAGAUUCUGUGACCUCAUGCUGCAUAUGCGGCUGCCUACCUAGAUGAUAUCAUUAUAUUUAGUAAUGAUUUGUAGCGGCAUAUGCAGCAUCUGAGGGCCGUCCUGAGAUCUCUGAGGGGGGCGUCAGACAACACCUGUGUCUUGUUUCAGCAGUUGACGUGGAGAGAGUUUAAAACGCCAGGAGAGACAGAAGCAGUCGAGAGAGAGAGAGACGGACUGCUUACCACCGGAAGGAGUCAACCGGAAGCAUUUCCCGAUAGAGUCGGCGAGUGUUGAAAUAAAAGUCACCAUUGGUGUUUGUAACGAUUACUUUGAUUUAUUAAAAAUAUUGUCAGCAGUC